AUGGACAAGGUUUUUCCUUUAGCCGAGGUUGCGCAGCAUAACAACCAGGACAGCUGUUGGGUGAUCCUCUACGGCAAGGUCUACGAUGUCACGCAACUAAUCGACAAUCAUCCCGGCGGCGCCCAAGCGAUUCUCAACUUAGCCGGCAAAGAUGCCACGGAAGAAUUUGAUCCCAUUCACCCUAGGGAGACUAUGGAAGCUCUCCAGCCAUCCCUCAUGGGCUCUCUAGACCCUGCCGAUAGGUCACAGAUCAUGUCUGAAGAAGCAUCAGCCAAAUCCAUGAAAUCCGGCAACGUCAACGCCCUCCUCAAUCUCGACGACAUCGAGCAAGCCGCAACUGAAGUAGCCAGCAAAAAGGCCUGGGGCUACUACUACUCCGCCGCAGACGACAAGAUCUCCAAGAAUUUGAAUUCGGCAGUUUACCGCUCGAUUCUCCUGCGGCCGCGUGUCUUCGUCGACGUCGCAGACUGUACCGCCCGAACCAGCUUCCUCGGCCACAAAGUCAACCUCCCGGUUUUCGUUGCGCCCGCUGCCCAAGCACGGCUCGGACAUCCGGCGGGCGAGGCCGGGAUUGCAGCGGCGUGUCGGGCUUUCGGCGUUGCGCAGAUCAUUUCUAAUGUCGCUUCGCAGUCGCCGGAGGAGAUUGUUGCUGAUGCCGCGCCGGAUCAGGUGAGCGAGAAGAUGCUUCAGCGUAUCAAUAAGCUCGACGCUAUUAAGAUGAUUAUUAUCACCGUUGAUACGCCGGUCCUGGGAAACCGGGAAGAUGAUCAACGGCGGGAUAUUCAAGGAGGAGUGGGCAGGAAGACUCCCAAUUUCAUAGACACUUCAGUUACAUGGCGUGAGACGCUGGGGUGGUUAUCCAAGAUGACAGAUAAGCCGGUCGUGAUAAAAGGAAUCCAGACGUAUGAGGAUGCUUUGCUGGCUGCGCAGUAUUCUUAUUUGGUCAAGGGAAUUAUUCUUUCUAAUCACGGGGGCAGAUCCCUCGAUACGGCUCCGCCUGCUGUUCACACACUUUUGGAAAUUCGGCGAUAUUGUCCUCAGGUUUUCCAGAAAAUUGAUGUCUGGGUCGACGGGGGCAUCAGACGAGGGACCGAUGUGGUGAAAGCGCUGUGUCUCGGUGCCAAGGCUGUUGGCAUCGGUCGUGCGCCACUCUGGGGCCUGUCAGCCGGAGGCGUGCAGGGCGUUGAAAGAGUACUUCAGAUUCUGUCGGAUGAGAUACAUAAUUGCAUGUGUUUUCUGGGAGUUAAGACUAUUGACGAGCUGAGUCUUAAACAUGUGAAUACGAGCAUGGUCGAGCACCAGCUGUAUAAUGAGUCUCCAGAUCUAGAUAUGGAGGGUUCUGGAUCCAAGGCAAAGCUUUGA